CAUUAGUAUAACAGCGUGUAACCUUCACAAUCAAGCAUACCUUCUUGAAGUUUUUUUGUAUUCUAAUAUUUUUUUAAAAUGAAUAGUUUAAUUAAUAAAACUAUUGGUUUAAGCCUCGUCCCGUGUACAGGAGGACUUACUGGAACGUUUUCCAAAAGGUUCACUUACAUCCUUAAGAGGCGAUAUCCAGUGACUCGACUGCCAAAAAAUUACAAAGAAGCUAAAUUUAAAGGGAAAAAUUAUAUAUACGAUUUGAUUGAAGAUACUUCUUCAAAAAAACAGAGGGAUGUCCAAGUGAUUCUGAAAACAUUUGUUGAAGGCAUUGGAAGAACAGGCUCUUUGGUGACAUUACAGCGAAAUUACGCUUAUAACCAUCUCUUACUUCCUGGCCUGGCUGAAUAUGCCUCACCUGAGGCAAUUGCAAAAGCAGCAACUGCUUCCAAAGAAGAAUCAGAUGCCAGUUCACCAUUUGCCCCGAUGACCCAGAAAUAUCUGAAUCGCUUAAUUUUAAAUGUCAUUAUGAACAAAGACGUCGAAUGGACUCUUGAACCAUGGCACCUUAGAGUCGCCUUUAGAAAAGCAGGCUGCAUUCUGCCACAAAACAGUAUCAUUCUACCUGAAAAACCGAUCAAAGGCCCUGAUCUCUCCUUAGAAAACAAAAUGUUUCUAGUCAAAGUGAAAAUUAAUAACAAAGAAAUAGCUACGGUGAGAUGUCUGCUGCAUCAUUGGAGCACCAACCCUGCAGACAAACUUCCCUAUAUCGUAAAUCCUUGGUUUAAUGAGCCUGAACCAAUGUUUGAGGAAGAUAGAGAAACAAUAAACAAUUUGCCUGUCAUUACUCCCAAAGAUAGGACUGCCAGACAAAAUUAAAUGUGCUGUAUGUUUUAAACAAUUGUAAAUAAAAUAGUGUUAUUAUUUUCCAAAUUA